CUUCCGCCACCUUCGCGUAUCAUAUUUUCUUUCUGUUUUUCAUUAUCAAUUAUUAUUAUAAACAAUUUUCACUAUUAUCGUUACUGUUCUUUCUCUCUCUUCGUUCUUUCGAAAAACCUGAUUGCUUCAUCGCUCGUCGGAUCUGAAGAGAACUCUGCGAUUCCGAUCUCACGAAACAGAUCCGACACCGUGAAACUUCGGAUUUAGUUUUAGCACUGUUAUUGCGCCCUAAAUCUUGCAAGUUUCGAAGGACCCAAAUUUAAACCCUAAUUUAAUCACUUCGCCAUAAAACUUUUCCGCCAUUUAGAUCGUGCGAUUCGUGGCGGUUUAUUUGCUGUUUGUCUCUGCUUUCUAUGGUUUUCGGAUCGUUGUUGGAUUGUCAGAAAUUGGGAAAAUUGGAGAAGAUGGUUAAGGGGGUUGAGGAUGUGGAAGAGGGCGAGAUUUCGGAUACUGCUUCGGUGGAAGAGAUUUCAGAAGCGGAUUUCAAUAAGCAAGAUGUUAAGGUGAAUAAUAACAAUAAGCCCAAUGGAAGUGAUGCUAGGGUUUGGGCUGUUCGUGAUCUUUACUCAAAGUACCCUACUAUUUGCCGGGGAUAUGCUUCGGGUUUGUAUAACCUUGCUUGGGCACAAGCCGUGCAGAACAAGCCUUUGAAUGAUAUUUUUGUGAUGGAACUGGAUUCUGACGCCAAUGCUAAUGGUAACAACAACUCCAAUCGACCGUCUUCUGUUUCAGUGAAUCCUAAAGAGGUGGUUGUUGUGGAUAUGGACAAAGAGGAAGGGGAGUUGGAGGAAGGUGAGAUUGAUGCCGACGCUGACCCUGAAACAGAGGCAGAGAGUGCUGUGGCUGCUUCUGUUGUUUCAGAGACCGUUUCUGAUUCUGAGCAGUUUGGUGUGAAGAAGGGUGUUUCUGAUUCUGAGCAGCUUGGUGUGAGGGAUGUUCUGGAGGGUGUUACAGUUGCUAAUGUGGCGGAGUCAUUUGCUCAAACUUCCAGUAGGCUGCUUAAUACCCUUCCUGAGGUGUUCUCUAGACCUGCUGAUUCUGAGAAGGAUGAUCUCAUGCGAUUGUCAUUUAAUGCAAUUGAAGUGGUUUAUUCUGUAUUUCGCUCUAUGGACUCUUCGGACAAGGAACAGAACAAGGAUAGCAUUUUAAGAUUACUUUCUUCUGUUAAUGAUCAACAACAGGCUCAAUUAUUUUCUCCAGAGCAUAUAAAAGAGAUACAGGGCAUGAUGACUGCAAUUGAUUCUGUUGGUGCUUUAGGAAAUAGCGAGGCUAUUUACAUUAAGACAGAAUCUCAGACCCCGGAGAUAAAGUCUCAGGAAAAUUCAGCUUUAGAAGUGCAGACCCAUGGUAUAAAUAUUCAGGAAAAUCAAGCAGUUGAAGUAUCUGCAUUGAUUUCUUCUAUUAAGCCUUUGCAUAGUGACAUAAUUGGGGGAUCACGGGCUUUAAAAUUUGGACAAAAUAGUAUUAAAGGUAGAGGAGUUCUGCUCCCCCUGCUAGACCUUCACAAGGAUCAUGAUGCAGACAGUUUACCCUCACCAACCCGAGAGGCACCUUCCUGCUUCCCUGUGAAUAAAUUACUUUCUGUUGGAGAGGCCACGGUUAAAUCUGGUUCAGCAGCUAAGAUGCAGCCUGGGAAGAUGGAAGUUGACAGUGAAGGUUGUAAAUUUCAUCUGUAUGAAACUGAUGCUUUGAAAGCUGUUUCCACAUAUCAACAGAAGUUUGGUCGAAGUUCCCUUUUUACAAAUGAUGAACUUCCAAGUCCAACUCCUUCGGGUGACUGCGAUGAUAUGGUUGUUGAUACAAACGAGGAGGUCUCCAGUGCAUCUACUGGUGGUUUUUUAACAAGCACUAAGCCAACCCUUAUAGAUCAGCCACCUGUUUCUGCUACUUCCAUGGAUAACUCCAGAAUGCUUGGAUUGAUUAAUUCUAGAGUUGAUGCAGCAGGUCCGGGGUCUUUCCCUGUGAAAAGCUCGGCAAAGAGUAGAGAUCCUAGGCGUCGACUUAUUAAUUCUGAAGCAAGUGCUGUGGAUAACCAGUCCAUUGUGAUAAAUAAUAUGCCUAAAGUGGAAUAUGCUGGAUCAACAAUGUCAAGGAAACAAAAGGCUGUUGAGGAGCCUUUUGAUGUAACUGUAUCAAAAAGACUAAAAAGUUCAUUGGAAAAUAUUGAGCAUAAUUCGAGUCAAGUAAGAACUAUAGCUGGAACUGGAGGUUGGUUGGAAGAUAAUACUGGGCCUGGGACUCAGUUGGUAGAGAAGAAUAAUUUAAUGGACAAAUUUGCACCUGAACCCAAAAAGACUUUGAAUACAGUCAGUAGCACUUCUUCUGGUUCUGUUAGUUUCAAUGCAACAAACAUUAGAAAUGAACAGGCGCCACUUGCAAGUAGUAAUAUACCGUCUUCCUUACCUGCUAUAUUGAAAGAUAUAGUUGUAAAUCCAACCAUGUUGCUAGGCUUAAUUUUCGAGCAGCAAAACAGAUUAAGAAAUGCCGUGAAUAAAUCUUCUGAUUCUGCUACAAAUAUGCUGCUGCAUCCAACAAGCUCAAAUUCGGCAACGGGAACAGACUCCACUGUGAGUAUUGGUUCAUCAAUCGCCACUGCUCUUCAAACUUCUGUUGGAAUGCUUCCAGUUUCAUCACAAUCAGCUUCUACGGCACAAAGCCUUCAAGAUGAUCAUUCAGGAAAGAUUCGCAUGAAACCCCGUGAUCCAAGGCGCAUUCUACACACUAAUAACUCUGUUCAAAAGAGUGGGAACAUAGUGAAUGAGCUACACAAAGCCAUUGUAUCCCCUGUGCCUAACAGCCAGGUAACUGGGAACAAUGUCAAUACCCAGAAGCUGGAAGGCAGAGUGGAUACUAAAUUAGUACCUACUCAAUCAGGUGCAGCACCUGAUAUUACUCGGCAAUUCACCAAGAAUCUGAAAAACAUUGCUGAUAUUAUGUCUAUUUCCCAAGAAUCAUCUACUCACUCUACUGCAGCUCAAAGUUUUUCUUCUGCAUCUGUCCCCCUUAAUAUAGAUAGAGGGGAGCAGAAAUCUGUUGUGUCAAACUCUCAGAACUUGCAAGCUGGCAUAGUAGGACCAGCUCAGGAAAUAUGUGCACCUGGUACCUCCCGAUCCCAGAAUACAUGGGGAGAUGUUGAACAUCUUUUUGAAGGUUAUGAUGAGCAGCAGAAGGCUGCUAUUCAGAGGGAGAGGGCAAGGAGGAUCGAAGAACAGAAUAAAAUGUUUGCCGCUAGGAAAUUGUGUCUUGUAUUGGACCUAGAUCACACACUACUUAAUUCUGCCAAGUUUGUGGAAGUUGAUCCUGUGCAUGACGAAAUAUUGAGAAAAAAAGAAGAACAGGACCGUGAGAAGCCUCACAGACAUCUUUUUCGCUUUCCUCAUAUGGGAAUGUGGACUAAACUCAGACCAGGAAUCUGGAACUUCUUGGAGAAGGCUAGUAAGCUCUAUGAGCUACAUCUUUACACUAUGGGAAACAAACUAUAUGCAACAGAAAUGGCAAAGGUACUUGAUCCAAAGGGAGUUCUGUUUGCUGGAAGAGUUAUUUCUAGAGGUGAUGAUACUGAUUCAGUUGAUGGCGAGGAGAGGGCUCCCAAAAGCAAAGAUUUGGAAGGCGUUUUGGGAAUGGAAUCAGCAGUUGUAAUCAUAGAUGAUUCUGUGAGGGUUUGGCCUCAUAACAAACUGAACUUGAUAGUGGUGGAAAGGUAUACGUACUUCCCCUGUAGUAGACGUCAGUUUGGAUUGCCUGGUCCUUCCCUUCUUGAGAUUGAUCACGAUGAGAGACCUGAAGCUGGAACUCUGGCUUCCUCUUUGGCAGUUAUUGAGAGAAUACAUCAAAACUUUUUUGCUUCUCAAUCCUUAGAAGAAGUUGAUGUCAGAAAUAUACUAGCGUCAGAGCAGAGAAAAAUCUUAGCUGGUUGUCGUAUAGUAUUUAGUAGGGUGUUUCCUGUUGGUGAAGCAAAUCCUCACCUUCACCCAUUGUGGCAGACAGCUGAACAGUUUGGUGCUGUGUGCACCAACCAGAUUGAUGAACAAGUUACUCAUGUAGUUGCGAAUUCCCUGGGGACUGAUAAGGUGAAUUGGGCUCUUUCCACUGGAAGAUUUGUUGUCCAUCCUGGCUGGGUGGAGGCAUCGGCAUUGCUAUAUAGGAGGGCGAAUGAGCAAGAUUUUGCCAUUAAACCAUAAAAAAGAAACCGACUUAAUUCUCUUUCAUUAACUAAAAUUGUGAUUAACAUAAAUCAAGAAUCACAUUGAUUUUGGGGGAGUGAAACCAUUAGAUCAGAAGUGGUCAGCAGAGAUAGUUUUAAUUCAUGAUGACUGUGAAUGGAGAUGGUGGUUGGCGAGUGUAUGUAGUUUUACUAAGAUGACUAGCCAGUUGUUGAGGAGUUAAAUGGAGGACCCUUGUGAUUCAUGGGACAUAAGGGAUCGGUGCUGUAGGCUUGACAGAAUUGGUUGACUGGCGUAGGCACUAGGUGAGUUAUAUUUUGUGGGGUGGCCAUUGUGAGUAGUUCCCCUAGAAAAUUUUGCCUGAGAUGGUAGAGUGUGAAAUUUAUUUGUUGCUGACAAAAUGAAAGUUAAAUACCUGAGUCUUAAAGAGUUAAAUGUGGAGGAACUUAGCCUGAGGUAAAAGGAGGUAUACAAGGAAGAGAUGAUAGACCAGUUGAGUCGGGAUGUUUGAAAAUGGAUUCAUGGCCGAGCAAAAUGAGUUUCUGAUAACUGAAUUUGUAUAU